UGCAUGAAGCUGAACCCCUCCUUCCUGGGCAUCGCCCUCAGCUCCCUGCUCGCCAUCGACCUCUGGGCCUCCAAGCGCCUGGGCGUCUGCGCCGGAGAGGACUCGGCCUGGGGCAGCGCUCGCCCCCUCAUGAAGGUCAUCGAGGUGUCGGGGCACGGCAUCCCCUGGCUGCUCGGCACCUUCUGCGGGCAGAAAGUUGUCCUCAAUUGUCUUCUAGCAUUGCUGCUGGAUCUCGUGUUGGUGGCAGCGGUGAAAGGGCUCGUCAAGCGGCGGCGGCCCACCCACAACAAGAUGGACAUGUUUGUCACCAUCUCAGUGGACAAGUACUCCUUUCCCUCGGGCCACGCCACCAGAGCUGCCCUGGUCUGUCGCUUCAUUCUACGCCACCUGGUGCUCGCCGUCCCGCUGCGGGUGCUCGUGGUGCUCUGGGCUCUCAUCGUCAGCAUUUCCAGGGUCAUGCUGGGCAGGCACAACAUGACAGACGUGCUCUUUGGUUUGCUGCUGGGCUACAUGCUGUACAGUGUGGUAGAGUACUGCUGGCUGUCCCCACUCAGCGCACCUGCCCUCUUUGCGCUCUGGAGCCACUGA